AUGGCGGACACCGUGAUGGGAGAUGACUUUCAACAUACUCCCGCGAAGCAACCGUGCCCUGAAGGUAACGCCGCCGUGGUGAAUGAUAAAAUUGCUACAGUAGCUGCAGAUACUGGAGUUGAUGAUGGCAGUGAUUUUUACAAUACGCCUCUGAAUGCAGGAACCCCUCGUCAAUCGGAUAAACCUGUUUCUUUGACAGACGAAAUAAUGACGACGGAAGCAUCCGAGAAACCGCCUACAAUGAUCCCCGGUCUUAGCCUGUGCAAUGGCGGAGAGAAUAUUGAUAAUGGCAUACCUUCACAGCAGAGCGCAUCCGAAACCGCUAACGAUAAAAUGAACACUUCUUCUGAGCAAGCUGGCGUAACCGAUACCGUUAUGUCUGGAGAUGGAAAUAAAGACUCGGAUGGAGCAGAGCCUAGUGCUUCUGGUGCUGCGAAUGCCAGAGAGGGUACGGAUACAGAAUCCGAUAUUGCUAAGCGUGCCGAGGAUGAUAUUGCUGCACUUGCGGCUGAAUUAGUUGAUGGAAUACCACCUUCCACUGACGGACUGAUCUCUGCUGGAAACCAACCCGAUGGCGACGAUAAUCCUGAGUGGGAGGUCGAUUCUUCACCCUACGAAUCCUCCUCGGACUCCUCUACCGAUUCGGACUCCAGUGACUCGAGCGAUGAGGACGAUGACUACGAACUAUUGGAUCCUGAAGAACAGGCUCGACUAUUGAUGGCCACUGAAGGUGGGUCGGAUGAUGAAGGCGGUAGUAAUGGAAGGGCAGGGGCAGCUGAAGUCAGGACAGCGAAUGAAAAACCCGACGAGGUUGUGCCAAUGCCAGACAUUACCAUUACUCCAGAAAUGAAGAUUGAGUUGCUAGGAAACGUCGAGAGUAUUGUCGAGAACGUGGUUUUGGUGAGAGCAAACAUCUCUGGGGAGUACCAGGUCUUAGAAAGUGGAUCAGUUUUAUGCUCUGUGAACCUGAAUGUUAUUGGUGUUGUGUCUGAAACACUUGGUCGCGUCCAGCAGCCUCUAUACACAGUCCGAUUUCCUAACGCGGAAGCGGUCAAAGAGGCCGGCCUAGAGAAAGAAACGCCUGUGUUUUACGUUGUGGACCACUCGACUUUCGUAUUCACGCAGCCACUCAAGGGUCUCAAGGGAAGCGAUGCAUCCAACUUACAUGAUGAAGAGAUAGGAGACGAUGAGAUGGAAUUUUCUGAUGACGAGGCGGAGGCGGAAUACAAACGACAACUUAAACAAAAACGUCAAUCAAAGCGCGAUGGCAAAUCUGAACGUGGAGGAAGCAACAGAGGCAGAGGCCCAGCCUUACCACCUUCAAAUCUAAGGCAUUCCGAGCUCAAUUACGAUGAUAAUAAUGUAGGGGACGAUGGGUAUACACGGCUUGCUCGACCUCAAAAUCUGCAUGAGCUCAUGGGAAAUGAGGCUCCCAUGGAAAUGCCACACUCACCAGAACAAUACGGCGAAAGAUCCUUCCGGGGCGGCAGAGGUCGGGGCCGUGGAAGGGGUAAUGACAGAGGUGGUCGUGGAGGGAGAGGUGGUAGGGGAGGUUACGAUAGGGGAAGCAGGAAUUCCCCCCAGGGCCAGAGUAAUCGACAGUUUCCACGAGAUCGAGACCAGCAAACUCGACCGCAACAUUCUGAAUACUCGCAGAAACAGCCUCCUUAUUCACAAAACUCGUAUCAACAGUCAUCCAAUCCAUCUUUUCCACAUCACCCCCAGCAGCAAGCACCAAACCAAAUGCCUGGUAACUUGGGGCACAGCAGCGGAGCUUAUCAAGCUUCUUUUCCAUCAGGAACAUUCCAGUCACAGGGACUCCCACCGUUUCCUUUCCAGUUCUCAUCUCCUUCCAACUCGACUCAGCCCAUGUUCCAAUACCCGCCGCCUGGUUCUCAUAUCAACCCUGCUUUCUUUUUAGCCAUGCAACAGCAGCAGCAGCAGCAACAACAUCAAUUUACUCCCCCACAAACACAACCAGCCCCAGCACAAAACCAAGGCCUUCCAAAUGCAUCUGCUGAUUCCUUUGCGGCUGUUCAAGCUCAAAUAGACCUUCUAAAACGGCUGACCAGCGGAGCUAAUGGUGCUAAUGGAAACCCUGGUAACUAG